GGAGAGCCUAUCGGCGGCGUGCACACCUGAUUGCAGGGUUUCUUUUCAUCUCCUGCCGCAUCAGAGGGUCAUUUGUCCCGCGGCGCUGAGAAUGAAGUGAUCACCCGUUACUGAUACUUCUCUCUGCUGAAUCCGUUCACCCGCAGCACCGACAUGAAGAAAAGCCAACCGAUCGCUCUGGACGGCCGCGAUAUUCAGUCGCUGCUGGACGCGGUCGGCGGAUUCGGCUCGGUGGUCGCCGUUGGGAUCAUUGCCAUGCUGUCGGUGUGCGCCGCUUUCUUCAUUUACAGAUCCUUUAGAGGUCAGCGCGGGAAGACGGACGAGAUUAACGGCAAAGAAACGACGGUGGCAACUGGAGAAGAAAGCGCGGUUCGGAGGAGGAGAACAGAGAAGGAUGAUCGACCUACCGAGUCAACAGCAGAAUGUCAAGAUGCAAAGCAGAAAAAGCACCGCAGUGAAUCCAGUUAUUCGUCAGCCACCAACAAUAUACCUCUUCCUACUGAGGCAGCAGAGAAAGACCUGAAUGAAAGCACUCUUAAGGAUUUGGAGGAGAUUACAGAUGAGCUUCUAACAGACCUGGAACCUGAAAUGGGAGACAAAACAGAUUCUGAUUUUGAUCCGUGCAUGGAAAUAGAUCCUGAUGAAAACACAGAGUGUGAGGAAGAUCAUAUUCGGCUAAAGGAGAAUGAUGAUGGUGGAUGUGAGGUUGUGGCGGAUGCUUGUGUACGUUUGACGCAGUUAGACUGCCAGAUUGAGAAAACUGAGGAAUUUCUUGACAAACCGGAAGGAGGACAGAGUUUAGACACAGAUGAGCCAUCUGAAACCGAAAGCGCUCAGGAUAUUGUUUAUCAAAGACGCCAAGAUACUCUGCACAAUUCUUCUUCAUGCCAAUCGGUGGACCACAAACCCAGUAAGAAUCACUUAGAGGAAGACAUCAAGACAGCAGAGGAAGCAUGCAAGAAGUUUGAAGAUCAUCACGACUGGCGCUUUGCACGGACGAAUAACUUUGAUUGCUGUUGUUGUGAUAAGAAGAUGGAGAGAAUGAAAGGCCAGCCAUGGUUUCCAAUUGGAAGCUACGCAACAGACACUUUCACUCCAACUGUGGAGACCAUGGUCAAUCACUGUAGCAGGUUUGAUUUCCAAAACUACUUGGGUUUCCAAACUGAUAAUACCUUCAUUGGUGUGUCUUCGACGCAAAUGAGUCUCUCACAAGAGAAGAAAGCCAAUGAAGAAGGCGCAACGGUGGAAGUGAAACAUGAGAAGAAUCAGAUUAGCAUCAUGGACGCCAUCAUGGACAAUAACGAGUGGUUAAACGUAGGCGCGCCAGAGUUUAAAGAUCGUCCUUGGCUUACACCAAAUGCAAGCAUUAAUGAAGAAGGCAAACCCAAAGCUGAUUUAGCCAAAGAUGAGGAGGAGCUGGCCAAUAAAAGAGUAGCAACCGUUCCACCUUUAGCGCAAACGGUUAGUGUGACCUUCAGGAUUCACUACAUCACACACUCUGCGCUCCAGCUGGUGGCUGUGACUGGGAGCCUACAGGAACUGGGGGCCUGGGAGAGUUUUAUUCCACUACAAAGAGCCAAAGACGGGUUCUGGGCAAACACCGUCAGCCUUCCUGUGGAGAGCCAGGUGGAGUGGAAGUUCGUCCUGGUGGAAGAUGGACGAAUCUCUCGCUGGGAGGAGUGUGGGAACCGCUAUCUGUGCUUGACAAGCCAAGAUGAAGAAGUCUUUCUUGAGAAAUGCUGGGGAUGUUGCUGAACUCAGAGGUGACUUUUUUUUUUAGGGCUGCACGAUUAAUCACAAAAUUGCGAGAUGGUUUGCCAAAACAAUUAUUAAGUACUUAUUAUUUACUUACCCUUAAAUUGUCAAAUUUAUAUGAGUUUAUUAUUCUGUUAAACACAAUUUGGUUACCAAAAUUCAUGAAAAUAUACGUAUUACAUCAUCUAUUAAAAAUUGCUUGAUAUUUAACCACAUAUGAUAUUUUGGAGGGUUUUGAACAAACAGUGUCAGAAUUUAAGCCAAUUUUCCACCAUUUUGCAUUUCGCCCCCUAGUGGUAAUCGUUUCAAGAAGCCAUUACCACUUCUUUAUCGAGGCUGAAUUAAUGAUUUCAAUGACAGUACUGAUUGUAUGAUUAUAUGCACAAAAACAGGGAUUGUCUAAUAUCCAGAAAUUAAGGCAGCCAUUAAUAUUAGAAUUGUCAUUUUACAGUUUUAAGAAACAAAACAUUAUUAAAAAUAUUGUUUUCCUGAAAGACUUGCUUUUUAUUUUUCAGUGAAUUUGGUACGGUACGAUAAGUCUUUCCUGCUUAUUUAGUAGUGUUUUUAUUGGAUUUUUAAUAUAAUUUAUGUAUAUGAUUAUAAUUUGGAAUAUUUUAAUGUAAUAUAUAUUUUUAACAAUAAUAAUAAGAACAACAAUCCAAAUUU